CAUAAAAGCGCCAGGGAGCUCAUUGUGCGGAGUGAUCUGAUACGGACUACACCCAGCCGCUGCCUCACUGCCCUGGCUUUCUUUGCUGCCCCAGCCUUCGCGUUGGUCAGCGUCGAGGUGUGAGUUAGAUUAGGAGACUGGAAAAAAAAACCCCUCUGUCGGGCUCUUUUCUCCCCCUGUUUGGGCCGCUUUUCUCGCUUGGCAACUUCCAGAGCAGUAGGGCUUUUUUACAUAGCAUCAAUUUCUUGAAUAUGUCUUGGCAAAGCUACGUGGAGAACCUGAUGGCCGAUGGCUCCUGUCAGGAUAGCGCCAUUGUUGGGUAUACGGACGCCAAAUAUGUUUGGGCAGCACAUGCCGGCGGCGCAUUCAACAAUAUCACGUCUAAUGAAAUAGACGUCCUUAUCGGUAAGGACAGGGAGACCUUUUUCACCAACGGUCUCAUUCUGGGCUCAAAGAAGUGUUCGGUCCUCAGAGACAGCCUCCUUGAUGACGGAGAGUGGACAAUGGACAUCCGGACGAAGAGUCAAGGAGGAGAGCCUACAUACAAUAUCUCUGUGGGAAGAGCCGGAAAAGUUUUGGUUCUUGUAAUGGGCAAGGAAGGGGUCCAUGGAGGCGGAUUGAAUAAGAAGGCUUACUCAAUGGCAAAAUAUUUGAGGGAUUCAGGGUUUUAAUGUUUUCAAGCUCACUUAGAUUAAAAUGAGGGACAAAAAGAAGAGAAAAGAAAUAUUGCUGUUAAGAUUUCUCCUGCAAGCAGUCAAAUGUCAUGGAAACUUUUAAUAGCAAUGAAGAGUGGUAAGAUACCGUCACCUUUGUUCCCCCCUUCAUCCUGUAGGGGGGAGACUCUUCAAUUUUGUUAGUUUCUCUUUUUUCCUUGUGUGCUCCAGUAUUGGUUAUAUUG